AUGGCUUCCACCACGUCCGGAGAUGUUCUGCCCACAGGCUGCAGGAUCUUCACCUCCGUUCCUGACAUCUUCUUCCUCCCUGAGUUUGUGUUCGGGGGUCUGGUGUGGAUCCUGGUGGCGUCGACCUACGUGGUGCCUGAGAACCCUCUGGGCUGGGUGAUGUUCGUGUCCGUCUUCUGCUUCGUCUUCACUACGCUCUGGUUCUUCAUCUUCAUCUGCGGAGCCAAUCAGAGCAGCGUCUGGCCCUCCCUGGAUGUGGGUUAUCAUUUUGUCGCUGCGGUUUUCUACCUCAGUGCGUCGGUGCUUUUGGCGAACAUCACCGUAUUGAGGGGGAAACUGUCGGUUCUCUCACCUGCUGAGCUCAAAUUCUAUCGACUGGAUAUUUCUGCAGUGGUGAUGUCCUUUGUGGCCACGCUUCUCUACUUCCUUCACGCCAUUUUCUCCGCCAUCCGAUGGAAGAGGUCCUGA